GCAGGGCCUAGAGUGGAGGAUUGUCGAUAAAGUUUGUACACGUCAUAAGGUUACAGAUGCCAUGCCUUCUCCGUGUUUCCUGGAUGGCGCUUCUUCAUUUGGGUCCCACACUAUUUACAAGCUUCCUGUCCACGUAUGGUACAAAGAGUCUAGCGAUGGCGGGAACAUCCGGUCUACCGUCUCCCAGGAGGAUUGCCUGCUUGUAACCGAAACCUCUCUUAGUAUUCUCAGUGGUCCAGAUUACAUGUUGUCGUUUGGAAUUUACGAGAAUAUCACUGGAGGUUUCGUCCCAUCUUCGGCGUUCGACAUCCCUCCAUCAUGUCCACAGCAUGGUCAGGUAUAUCGUGGUUCCCCGACCCCAGUCAGACCGUGGUAUCUUCCAACCGAUCUCCUGGAUAGACAAUGACGUCAUACUUAAUCGGCCAUGAACGUCACAAAUAUUUGUGAACAUUGUAAAAUUCAAAAGUACAAUGUAUAUCAACACAAUAUUCAUGGAAAGUUUAUAAUCUCCCGCCACAGAAAAGUCAGGAUUGCUGAGGUGUUUUUCCAACUGACAAUUAGUGAAUGUUUAAAUAUAGGUAGUGUACAUGUACGUUGUUUGGAUCAGGAUAAAGAAAAUUUUAUUUAAAUAUCAGAACUGACUCAUUAACUUAGGGAAAAGGUCAAAUUAAAGUGUGACGUAAUCGUG